GUCAGCUGACAAAAAACCCCACUCCCGCAUGCGGAAGUGAUCGCGGUGCUCGGCAAGAUGGAGGGGGCGUUGGAGCAUCAUUUGGAAGACACGUAGGUGCUGGGGCGGACGGGGGGGCCUUCUCCCUUUUGCCAAAGUGUCGUGGGAGUCGUGGGGCGGUGGGGAGGGUGACGCGGCUCUCUCCUCGGGUGCAUCCGGUACAGUAGCAGUCGCUGAUCUCUGUCGUUUCGUCCUCCUCCGUUAGAAUGAAGAACCCCGCCAUUGCAGGAGUCCUGUGCACCGAUUCCCAGGGCCUCAACCUGGGCUGUAAGUAACGCCGACACCUUCUUGUCGCAUGUUCCCAUGACGUCCAAGAUGCAGCCUGUGUUUUUAAAAAAUAGCUUGCUACCCGCUUGAAGAUCCCUUACCUUCCUCUGUAGUUCUCCCUCAACUUGUUCUCUCCUCUCGUCUCCUCCUAGUGUCAGACCAAGGUAGAGCUCUUCAAGCACCUAGCCUGGUCUCUUAUUGCAUUAAUGAGAUACACUUAUUGGGUAAGAGGAGAAACCCAGACGGUUUCUUUACCAAAAUGCUACGUUUGGCCACAACUGGGAACUUAGUGGGGUGGCUGGUGUUAGGUGCAAUGCUUUUUUCGGGGGGGGGGACGCAGGGAUACGCAUACCCCUAAACAUUUUGUGCAUCUAAGUUUGGCCUCAUUGAGGGGCAGUAUUUCAAUAUGAGUAGGAAAAUGAGAGUACCCCUAAACAUUUUUUUUUAGAAAAAAAAGCACUGGAUGGGUGUAUGUGCAUAAUAGUUACCUAUGUAGCUGAAAAGCGGUGAUAAAUGUGUCUGUGGCAUCUACAUCCUCCCUUUUUGCCAAAUGUCCUCAAGAUGGUGCCUGAAAAGAGAUCUACAUAAAUUCUGAGCAUCGUUUUUACUAGUUUAAAUUAGGCAAUGAUUAAAACCUUGUUUUAAUCUAAAGUGCUGUGUAUACAAAGAAAUUAUUUAAAAGUCAGAUUGGUAGUUCUAGCAUUAACAGCAAAGAGAGUCUAAUAAGAUACCUCCUAUUGCUUGCUUAUGUGGUAGUUGCAUUGCUAUCUAGACGACUUGUACAACUUAAUACAAUCUCCUUGUAUUGCACGGUUCUAAAGUGCACAGCUAUAGUGAGUGACUUUAGAUCAGCCAGCUAGCCUCAAGUAAAUCAGUAAUGGAUGCUCCUGUAUCUUCUGAACACCUCUAUUUAAGAUUUGUGAAGGCUUGACAAAUUAAAACGUACAGCUAGUUAAUAAUCACUAACACAACACAGCUACAAAAUUCUUGCUGCUAUUAGUUUUCUUUAAAGGUGACUUGUAAAAGUGAUGACACAGGGAUCACUUUGGCAAGGCAGGGACUUAGUUCUCCUCCUCUCUUGAUUCAGCUCAUUUAUACCUUAACCCCCUAUGCACACACUCUUCACUUUCAUAUGCAACAACACUAACAGAUCUUUCAUAUCAUCUUUCUUCCUCAACUGGCUCUGUUUCUUAAGGCUGCCUCUAUAAAAUCUCUGUGUCCUAGAAAAAUUGACAGAUGUUCCUUAUGUCUGAGACCUUCUUGGCUUUCACUUAACCAUUCCCUAGCAGCUGUAAACAAGUCAGACUGUCAGAUAGCGGGCAGGCAGGGGGAAAAGGAAAUAUGGGGAAAGGGUGCUAAAAUGGGAUAUGGAAUGGGAGUGAGGAAGAAGGGUAGAAGAAGUAGGAAAGGAAUAGUUAUUUGGGUUUUCUAAAUAUUUUUUAUUUGGAAAAAAAUAUUUGCCCAUUAGGGUAAAUUGCAUCAGGAAAUUUUUUGUUGCCUUAGAGAGUGAUGCAACUUAGUAUGUUUAUUUUACAUAUAUUAAGUAAACAAAGCUUUAAAAAACCCCUCAGUACUUUCAGAUUUUUUGUCUCAGUACUUUCAUAUAUUUAAUUUGAAAUAUUUGAUGGGGAAAUUAAGAGCCCAUUUAAUGUGGUUUAAAUGUUAUAUUGUGUAAAAAUAUUCAUAAAAAUGUAAAAUGCUAGCACUUGGAUGAUUGCCUGAAAAACAUUAAUUAUUACUUUGUAAUUGCCAAGCUUCCAUAAUACUGUAAUUGGCAUCCAUUCUUUGUUAUUAUUUUCAGUUUAUGGAAUUGAAAAUUCUCUGGUUAAGGACUACAUUUGGUUUCCCCCUUUUCAGUCAGCAUUUUUUGUUUUGCAUCCCUGAACUGACCACAUCCUGUAUUUCUUUACUCAUUUUAAAUGAUAAACCAUUGUCUUCUAGGUCGUGGUACCCUCUCAGAUGAACAUGCAGGUGUGAUAUCUGUUCUAGCCCAGCAAGCAGCCAAACUAACGUCUGAUCCAACAGAUAUUCCUGUAGUGUGCCUCGAAUCAGAUACUGGGUAUGUGUAUUUGGAGCUAUUACUUCCUUUACUUAAGACAAAUUAAUUGACAUGACAGGCCCAUUGCUUAAGUUGCCUUCUCAUAUGGAUAAAUUGGUUAAUCCUUGCUGCUCUCUGGGUUCUGUCUUCCAUGUGCAUGGUAACUUGUUUGGAAAUAACAGCUUCAAUUUCUGAUCUUUUGUUCUUGGAAUUUGAGCCAACUUGCAAAAGUACUCUUAAGAGUGAAGAAGACACAAAGAUCUUAACUAGCCUCAGUUAAUGUGUUUUGCCAUCAGGCUCUCAGUGUAGCUGGGAAGUAGGUUAUUGUUCUUCCUACUUUUCUUAGCUAUAGCGCUGCACCCUCCUUUGAUCAUAUUGCAUGUUGCAAGAGCCUCGUCCUUGUAGUUUCCCCUCUGCUAUGGAAUAAUUUGCUCUCUUCUGCUAAUGGGUUGUGGCAAACAUAAGAGGAAAUAGGAUCAUCUGUUUAGGAUGCUGAUAUCAUGGAAUAAAUUGAAAGAUUCUUCCUUGGUGCAUGCGGCUUCACUGACUUUGGAGUUCUGUAGGACUAAUUUUAGGCUUUAAACAUAUACUUAUUGAAGGCUUGUAAAUACACCUCCCAGUUACUAGUCUGCCUGGGGCUGGCAGGGGUGAAGAGCUGCAUUCUGUGUUGGGCACUGAUGAGGGAUGGAGUGUGCCAACCUUCCUCUGCCAGUUCACUCAGUUGCCUACAUGAAAUGGGUACCAGGCUAGUGCACAAAUAUAAGGCUGGUUUAAGCCUUAUUUUAAGUGUUAAGUUUCUUGUAAGCAGGGGUGUGCUUCCAAGCCUUGUUCCCUCCAGCAUGCCACCAUGAUCACAUUUGGAGCCUUCCAUGAAUUUGAGGGUGAAGGUCUGAGGUGGGACGCUUCUACUUACGGAGUCUCCCUGUGGAUUUAGAUCUCCAGUAGCACAGGGCUUUAAACUGUGUAUGUGUGGAGCCUCAAAACUUUUGAAGUGCUCUAAAGGUGGUGAUGCACCCCAACUCCCGUGUUGGUCAACAUGUGAGUAGAGCCAAUGCCCAAAUAGGGCACUGAUAAGGUUUACAAGGAAAAAGGUUUAAUAAAUAAUUCUGGGUUUAAAGUCUACCUGAUUUUGCUAAUAUUUGAAAUAAUGGUGAUUAAAGGGGUGUCAUCAAAAUGCCUAUAGCUGUAUUACAAAUGAUGACAAGUGAAGAGAAUCUAUGUGUGAUAUGAAAAGCAACAGAUCUAAAGGCAACAACAGUGGGCUGCAGUUAUUUUGGUUAACAUUUGGGACUUGUUUCAUUCUAUGAAAGUGGUGUGUUUAAAAACAAACCUUCUGUUUCUUUCAGCAAUAUCAUGAUCCAGAAGCAUGAUGGCAUCACAGUAGCAGUACACAAAAUGGCAUCUUAACCUUAUACAUCCACAAUACUCCUUGCUCUUCAACAUUUAUGCACCGUUGUGGACUACUCUUCUACAGAUUAAUACAGGUUGAAUAUCCAGUAUCACUAGGUAGAACCUAGCUGGAUUGGACUGUAAACAUUCUCCCAAGUUGUUAUGGAAUCUUAAUUGCUCUGAACUUGUGCCAUUUCAUAUUAUCAUGUGUGGAAUGUUUUCCUGUUACAUGGCUGGGGAGAGCACCUUGUCAGGUGGCCCCAAUACUCAAUAAAUCAAUAAAUAAACAAACUAGAACACACUGCUUGUUCACUACCGUUUGACUUAAUGUUGUUUUAUUUGGUGUGUCUAGCCAGGCAAUGACAUUCACUUGUCUUAAGAAAAUGCAGUUGUUUGGUAUACUGAUCUUCCUUCUAUGUACAAAACUAACAAUCACAUAUUUAAAAGGGACUUGACCAUAAUAGUUGCAUGACUAAUGAGACAAACUGUUUUGUGUCAUCUGCUUGUUAGCUGAUGGCAGUGUAUUAGCUACCAUCUGUAAAGCUCUCUCUUCUGAGUUUCUUGAAUUCCACUAGCUGAUCAAGAGAUACACACAGGGUUGAUAGUAAACCUGGCUAUUUCAUGAAUCAGGGAUAGUUCAGUCAGUAGAGCAUGGGACUCUCAGAGUUGCAGGUUCAAGCUCCACGGGCAAACGAUUCCUGCAUUGCAGGACGUUGCACCAGACGAUCCUCGCGGUCCCUUCCAGCUCUACAAUUCUUGAUUUUAUGUUCUAAUUCCAGAGACCUAUACAUCUAGCAUUUAGGAUAUCCUAAGAACGAACAAAUCUGAAUCCCCUCUGGAGUCCUGAGGACCAAUACAUUUCAGACCAAACUCUGCCAUAGGUUAACUCAAUGGAAAGUGUUAAUAGAGCCAGAAAUGUAACACUAAAAAAAGGCACAUGACUACAAUGUGUAAGAAAAUAGUGCAGGGACUCAUGUCAAGUGUGGAAUGUGGGGUUUGUGCUCAUCAGAACACUCUCUCAAGUACAACCUAAUCCUAGGACGAAGGGCAGCAGGAUAGCCACGACACAUAACAGAAUCCUUUUCAAUCUAGCUUCCAUCCCGGUUGAAGUAAAAUGUAUUAGCUGCUCUAGCGGAUUACUAUGCCAGAAAAUACAAGAUGAAGGUGAUCCUGUUGAUUCUCCUUUCAACCUUUCCUUAUUAACCAUAUUUUCCUGGACCAUCUGUCUGGGUUUGGAUUUGAAGCUGUCCUGAUUGUUCCUACCUGGUAGGGAGGUUCUGGAAAGUGGGUCCCUUGUGGUAGUUGUGUGGAGUAUGCCAAGGUUCAUUACCCUCUGCUCCCUUUCCCUUUCUAAUCUAAUCGAGUGUUUCCCAAAUUUGGGUCUCCAGCUAUUUUGGGACUACAACUCCCAUCAUCCCUGACCACUGGUCCUGCUAGCUAGGGAUGAUGGGAGGGCCAAGUUAGGAAAACACUGAUCUAAUUCAUGUGAAGUAGUUGACAUUCUACACAGGCUCCUUGCUGUUGAGCCUCUGAUAGCUGCUUCUGCAGUUUCAAAUCAUACUCUACAAGCCUGAGUAAGGAUCUUUACCCUAUAAAACCGAUUGUUUGAAUAAUAUGAGUAUUCUAUCAUAUGCCUGCACCUGCUUUGAGAUGUAAUUAUAAAAUAUGCACAGAAUCCAUACAUACCUUGCUCUCUCUCUACAAGAAAUUAUUGUUUAGUAGAUGACAUACUUAUACCUGUGUAGUUGAGAGAGAACAUGCUCCCUGUUUAGAAUAUGGUGCUGUUUAUCUAUAUUCCUUUUAUGUAUGCAUCCCUGCUCAUUGUGCAAGUGUUGUGGUGGAAAGGGACUAAAAUAGUAGCAACAGUACCAUCUAAAGGUGGUUACUAAUGAGCAUAUCAAAACAAUUAUAUGAUUAAAUGCCUUCCCUUGUGCAUCAUACACUGCAUGAAAAAUACAAUCCAACUUGUAUUUUGGAUGUAACUGCUGUAAAAUGAAGUGUUUACCCCAGGGGGAUAAAUCUUAAUCAAAUUUCUGUAGUUUUUAUUUUAAAAAAACAAGAACACAUUUCUAACCUAGAAUACUUGAAUAAAGAAAUUUAUUUUUAUGGAUACUUGUUUAAAGAAGGAAAUAUCACAUAUUCCUCAAGAUGAACACCAACCUACCUUUCCAUGUGCUAGGGAAUAUUUUUUAUUGUGUAAUCUAAAAAUCAAAUAAAUUCAUGCCGAUGGUGGUAUGCUGAGCUAUUUCUUUAAAAAUAAUAAUAAUUCAAAGUGAGCCAGGACAAGGGCUUUACCUCCAGGGGCACUGGCUCAAUCCACUUGUAGGAAAAAAGACAUUGUUUUCGCCAAUGAUACCAAGACUCUUAUAAUCCGGGUACCGAGGGCUUCCUCUGAAGCUAGGUUUCAGCUGCUGACCUUCAAACAUGCAGGGUUUCUUAUUUUAAAGGUACAACGGAGCCAUUAAGAGGAAAUGGCCAGUGUUUUGACCUGUCACGGUUAUUUUGCAAUUAUUUACUUUCAUACCAAAGAACAUUGCAUAACUAGUCCAAACACACAUUUCCUAGUAGGGGUACUGGCACUGUAGGUUCUCUUUAUAGCUUCUACAGGUGCAGGCAGGCAUUUAAAAUGGAACACUGAACAAAAGGGAUCGCUCAGUCAGUGGAGCAUGAGACUCUUAAUCUCAGGAUCGUGCCCUAUGUUGGGCAAAAGAUUCCUGCAUUGCAGGAGGUUGAACAGGGGUCAGCAAACUUUCAGCAGGGGGCUGGUCCACUGUCCCUCAGACCUUGUGGGGGGCCAGACUAUAUUUUGAAAAAAAAAUUUGAAUGAAUUCCUAUGCCCCACAACAGAGGUCAACAACCUUUUUCAGUCAUGGGCCAGUCCACCAUCCCUCA